CAGGUACCGGCCCUGGGCCACUGCCUUUCUUCCUUGUCACAGGAACCUCGGGCCAUAUUUCCAUGACCUGCCAUUGAUGCCCUUGGAACUCUUCCUCUGCCCAAGCCUCCAGACCCUCACAGCUGGAUGUGAAGGUGAUGCUCUGAGUGCAGGAUGCCCCAUGACGCCCCCAGGUUAGCUCCCCUUGCUACCUGGGCAGGAUGUUGUCCAAUACCUCUAUGCUGGCCAACUCCUCCAUCAACGCUUCUGUCAACAACAGCUCUGUUCCUCCGUGCCUGGACUACAGGCCCACCCACCGGCUGCACUUGGUGACCUACAGCCUGGUGCUGGCAGCAGGGUUGCCGCUCAACGCGCUGGCCCUCUGGGUCUUCCUCCGCGCGCUGCGGGUACACUCGGUGGUGAGCGUGUACAUGUGCAACCUGGCGGCCAGCGACCUGCUCUUCACGCUGUCGCUGCCCAUGCGCCUCUCCUACUACGCGCUGCACUACUGGCCCUUCCCCGACCUCCUGUGCCAGAUAGCAGGUGCCAUCUUCCAGAUGAACAUGUACGGCAGCUGCAUCUUCCUGAUGCUCAUCAACUUGGACCGCUAUGCCGCCAUCGUGCAUCCGCUGCGGCUGCGGCACCUGCGGCGACCCCGUGUGGCACGGCUGGUGUGCCUGGGCGUGUGGGUGCUCAUCCUGGUGUUCGCCGUGCCCGCCGCCCGUGUACACAGGCCCUCGCCCUGCAGCUACCAGGGCACUGAGGUACGCCUGUGUUUUGAGAGCUUUAGCGACCAGUUGUGGAAAGACCGCCUGCUACCGCUCCUGGUGUUGGCCGAGGCGCUAGGCUUCGGGCUGCCUCUCGUGGCCGUGGGCUACUCGUCGGGCCGUGUCUUCUGCACGCUGGGGCGGCGCGACGCCACGCGCAGCCAGCGGCGACGCAAGACCGUGCACCUCUUGCUGGCCAACCUUGUCAUCUUCCUAUUGUGCUUCGUGCCCUACAACACCACGCUGGCCGUCUACGGGCUGCUGCGCAGCCACUUGGUGGAGGCCCGCCCCGCAGCCCGCGAUCAGGUGCGCAGGGUGCUCAUGGUAAUGGUGCUGCUGGCCAGCGCCAACUGCGUGCUCGACCCGCUGGUGUACUACUUCAGCGCUGAGGGCUUCCGCAACACCUUGCGCGGUCUGCGCCAGCCGCAGAGAGCCAGGACCCAGGCCAACGGUGCGCAGGCAAUAGAGAUCCACACCACCAGGUUGGAUACCACCAGUCAGGAGCUCCUGCAGCGGUCCAGCGGCCCCAGGGAGCUCCUCACCCAGUGCAGCCAGGACUUCGCCCUCUGAAAAGAUGCUGUACCCUUCAAGCAGAUCACCUUUUCUGCCCAGGGUAGCCCUCCUGUGAGAGGUGGGACCUGGCCCUUGGGCUUCUGGGUCCCCUGUGUGAGCCUCUGCAUGCAGAAACAAGGGGAGCCCAAGGCCUACCCCCCGGAGGAUGGAAGAAGGCUGCUGGGUUGGCUUCUGCACAGUGGGGACCCCUACCUUGGCCUGGCCCCUGGCUAAGCACUGGCAGGUGGAACAGAAAAGGGCUCUUCUGACAUUGAUCUAUUGCUGGGGUCUGAGAGCUCAAGGGUCUCCCAGGCCUGGGCACCAAGGCUCCUUCAUGCAAAAAGCUCUUUCAUCAGCUCACCUUUGGGCCAAUCUGAGGGCCAUGGUAGCCACCUGCAGUCAUUGUCACCUAGACUCCUCACCACCACCAUCACCCAGGGCUGAACAUUCAUUCACUGCGGACGGGAUUGCAUUGCGUCUUCUGUAGUGACACCCUAAGCCUGACGCCCAGGCAUGGGGCAGCUGGGCCAGGCUAAAGCCAAUAAGGUGUCCACCCUGGCCAACUCCUAGUCCUAGCUCCCCUUUCCAAGUUGCCCGGUCCCGUACCACCACCCCC